AUGGAUUAUGUAGUCAUUGUAGGUGGAUUACUACUUGUAAGGACUUUGUUUCAAUGCAUUCGUUGGGUAGCAAUAAGUAAGAGAGGUAACAAAAAACUUCCACCAGGGCCAAUUCCCCUUCCGUUGAUUGGAAAUUUGCAUAAUAUUGUUGGUGAUCAGCCUCACAAGUCACUUGCCAGGCUUGCCCAAAUAUAUGGGCUAAUGAUGAGCCUCAGGAUGGGGCAAAGUGGUAAUAUCUUCAGCAGCAGUGGCAAAACAAGUCUUACAAAAACAAGAAUUGGCCUUCUCCAGCAGAACAAUUCCAGAUGCAAUCCUACGAGGAAAAUCUUGAAUUCUAAUCUCUUCUCUGGCGACAAGCUUGACGCAACUCAGCAUCUCAGGUCCCAAAAGAUGCAAGAUUUUAUUGGUUAUUGCGGCAAGUGUAGCCAAACAGGGGAGUCAGUGAAUGUAGGCCAAGCUGCUUUCGAGACCAUGAAAAGGAUUGAUCCUCAAGGGAUAAGGCGACGCAUAGGCAAGCAUUCUGAUAAGUUGCUACAGCUGAUUGGGGGAUUGAUCGAUGAACGAUUGGAGCAAAGGAGGAAAUCACCAAAUGACAGUAGAACAGAUUUUCUUGAAGUUAUGUUGAAUACUAGUGAGGAAGAUCCGCAGGACCUUUUCAUUGCGGGAACGGAUACAACUUCAAGUACAUUAGAAUGGGCAAUGGUAGAGGUCAUGAGAAUACCAUACAUAACGAAUAAAGCUAAAACCGACUUUGCAGAUGUUAUUGGCAAAGGCAAGAUAAUCAAAGAAGCCGACAUUGUUCGUCUCCCUUAUUUGCAGUGCAUAGUGAAAGAAACCUUGCGGAUGCAUCCUCCAGUACCCUUUUUGAUUCGCAAGGUUGAUCAAGACGUUGAGGCGUGCAGCUAUUUUGUCCUGAAAGACUCUCAGGUGUUAGUGAACGUGAUAUUGCAGCAGAAGAAAGAUUUGGAUGUAGAAGAAAAGUUUGGCAUUACACUUGCGAGAUUGCGUCCAUUACGAGCUGUCCCUAUUUCGCUUUAA